UUCACUGCGCGCAUGUGAUUUCUAAACUUGUAGCUUGACGAAGGAUACUAAGUCCGUGUUUUUUAAAGAUGAUGUCUGCGCCAAAGGAUUCCAACAAAGCCUCCAGAGGGCCUGCCACAUCACCAGCGCCAUGGCAGUCAUCUGAAGGGACGUCUUCAAGUGGUCAUCCCACUUCACAAGCUCUAAUUCGAGCAAAUACGUCUCAGAAAAUAGAUCACUUAGGGAAAUGGAGUAUCUCAACAUAUAAAUUUACCAGACAGUAUCUUUCUGAACGUUUAGGUAAAGGUACAAGGACUGUGGACAAAGAACUUGAAGGACAAAUUCUUCUGUUAAAAGAAACUCAAGUUAAGUACGUUAAUGUUCUAAAACUGGCGAAACAGAUGACAAACCAUUUACAGAAUAUGGUUCAGAGUCAAAGAGGUCUUGCCGAUGCCUUUGCAGAUUUAGGGGUGAAAUCAUCAGAACUUCAGGGUGACUUGAACUGCAAUGCUGAGUACCAAAGAUUACUGGUUAAGAAUGGAGAAGUUCUUCUUGGGGCACUUAAGUUUUUUACGUCCAACUUGACGACUUUGGUGCACAAAACCAUAGAGGAUUCCAUCAUGACAGCGAAAGCUUAUGAAUUUGCCAGAAUAGAAUAUGAUGCUUACAGAACAGACCUAGAAUCCAUCCAAGCUGGACCAAGAACAGCAGCGACAGUUCUGAAAGCUAAAGAGGCAAAGCAGAAGUAUGAUGUCCAAAAAGAAAAAUUUGGCUGACUUCGGGGCGAUUUAGCGAUCAAACUCAGAUUUUUAGAAGAAAACAACGUAUUUUUGCUAUUUUUGUCCAGCUUACAGUUCGCUUUCUCACCACCGCAAUAAGCUCAGCGGGUUAAAAUGAGAAAAUUCUCAGCAAAGUCUCCUUUUGAAAAUAGAACAUUAAAGAACUUAUUCAGGGUUUCAUCCGAGGCAUUCACGAAAUCUGAAUUUCUUUGAAGAUGCCACUCAUUUCCAUUUAAUUACGGUAUAUCUAACCUGAUACAUUUUCAAUAAUCAACGGAAAUAACUUUUAUUGAAAUUAGGACAAAUUGGGGGCGUUUAGAAAAUGUGAAAGUCAUAUUUACGAUUUCUUGUUCGAGGUCGCAAAUGCCUUGCAAAGUCUGAGCCAGAACUGUUCCUCUUGUAGGAGCGUGCAAUUCAUAAACUGUGAGCGUUGCUUUGGGGGCUGUAUCUCUGGGUCAGUGACAUGGAAAUCUAGCAGAAUUCAUCACAGGUUUUGAGUACCAAUGUUUCGUUGUAGUGAGGAAUGCCUAAUUGUAUGUUGUAUGUUGUAUGUGGUCAUUUUGGAUUAGUUUUGCUAUCUGUCUGUUUAACCUACUUCCUCAUCAGGUAAAAGUUAUGAAUAAACAAUUGUCACUCCUCCAAAAUGCAACCACUGCUUACUUUGCUGGUAACAAAGGGACCCUGGAUGACAGUAUGAAGG